AUGGUGAACCAGGUCAAUGACUACAUCAAGUCCCUGAACUGGGGUUCCAAGACGGACCUGCGUUCCAAGAACAUCAAGUACUACAACUCCUUCGCAACCUUCAAGGAUGCGCACACCAUCUCCUUGGACAAUGGCAAGGGGAAGAAAGAGGAGGUCUCUGCCAAGUACAUCCUCAUAGCAUGCGGUGGCCGCCCAACAUACGGAGACGUGCCAGGUGUGAAGGAGUGCUGCAUCAGCUCGGACGACAUCUUCUGGACCAAGAAGGCGCCUGGCAAGACGCUGGUCAUUGGCGCCUCGUACAUUGCCCUGGAGUGUGCUGGCUUCAUCGCCGGUUUCGGCUUCGACGUGACAGUGAUGGUCCGGUCCAUUUUGCUGCGAGGUUUCGACCAGGACAUUGCCGACAUGAUUGGAGCGUACAUGCAGAAGCAUGGCGUGAACUUCGCACGUGAGAUGGUCCCUUCCAAGUACGAGAAGACGGCCGAUGGCAAGGUCAAGGUCUUCGUGAAGGACAAGGAGUACGGGGUCUUCGACACGGUCUUGGUCGCCAUCGGCCGAACCGGCUGCGCUGGACAGCUGAAUGUCGAGGCAGCUGGCCUGUCCUACAACCCCAAGACGGGCAAACUUGAUGUUAACGACAAUGACCAGACCAGCGUUCCGAACAUUUUCGCUAUCGGGGAUGUGUGCGAGGGCAAGCCCGAGCUGACCCCCGUGGCCAUCCAGGCCGGCCGCAUGCUGACGCGGCGCCUCUUCGCGGAGUCCACCAAGAAGAUGGACUACACAGACAUCGCCACCACCGUGUUCACGCCCAUUGAGUAUGGCUGCGUGGGGUACUCGGAGGACGAGGCGAAGGAGAAGAUCGGCAAGAGCCGAAUUAAGGUUUACCACUGCACGGCUCAGCCCCUGGAGUGGAACCUGAACUCCGAGCGUAAGGAUGACAUGGGUUACAUGAAGCUGAUUGUGGACAAGGAUGAGAAGGAGAAGGUGGUCGGCGUGCACAUUCUCGGUCCCAACGCUGGGGAGAUCAUACAAGGCCUAAGCGUGGCCAUUCGAUGCGGUGUCACGAAGGAGCACUUCGAUGAUUGCGUCGGAAUCCAUCCGACCUACGCCGAGUCGUACACAACCAUGACUGAAGAGAAGACAGAAAACUCAGCCCUUCCGACCAAGGGAGGCUGCUGA